GGAAAGUGAAACUUGCUUUAUUUAGUAUUAGUGUUUUAUUAAAGGAUUUACGAGUAAUUACAGUUGAACGAUAUGGGUGCUGUAAAAAGAUUAAAACGAGUUAAAAAUGUCGAGUGGGAGAAAAAUCGUCGGGAACGCUUGAACUUGACUUUUUUCGAGUUGGGCCGCUUGUUGCCUGAUCAUGAUCCUACUCUUACCCUUACGAAGUUGGAAAUUUUGAAUAAAUCUAUAUCUUACGUCAAAGAGUUGCGAGAGAGAAAUGCCAGUCUUUUAGGAACCAACUGUAAUGAAGUUCUAGGAGCAGAAAUGAUGGCGUUGAGAGAGCAAGUAAAAGAUUUACAGAGGAGAAAUAAACAGCUGACAGAACUGCUGCAGACUGCCAAAAUAUCACUUCCUCCUCGCCCCCUCCGCCAAGACGCCCCACUGACAUACCAACAAAAGUGGGAAGGAAAACUAUCGGCAGAUGCAGAUCCGAAAAAAGUCAGUGAAACAGAAACAAAAGAAAACCCAGUUAAAGUAGUUCAACAGGUUAAGCCAUCUUUGAAGAAAAAGAGCAGUAAAGCGAACAAGAGUAAAACAAAAGAAAUAAAAACUUCUAACCGUACAAAAAGUGUGAGUGAAAAAUCGUCCGUGAAUAGUUCAAAUAAUCCUCUGAGAGAGUUGAACAAAACCUUAAGUGUUCAGAGUGCCUCGUCACAGUGUGAACCUGAAGUAUUAAACAGUUUAAGCAAUCCUGUGAAGAUAAUAAACAAUUCAAAAGUUCAAAAUGGGACUCAUAGUGCUGGAAAAAUAUCAGUUAGUGUUAAAAGUACAGCAACACCAACUAGUAAACAGAACUCCACAGAAUCUGGUGUACAAAAUACGUUAGUUCUGUCUCGUACGGUCACAUUGCCAGGGACUACCAUCUCUAUCGUACUGUCCAACCCUAAGACAAACAUUGUUACUGUGGCUAAAUCGAAUGUACUUCCAACUCCAAUUAUGGCUACAGGAAUCCAGCCAGUAUUGCAGUGCAAUCCGACGCUGAGCUCGUUGGGCCCUGGUACUCUGAUAAUGCCAGGUGGUCGAAUAGUCCCGGUCCCACCACCUCCUACUGUGCUAGCUCCUACACUAAUACUUCUCCCCACCACGACUACCACAACUACCAGACCUCCUCAGAAACCACCACCAACCUCAGGGGGUCUGAGGGCAAUCGUGCCCAAACCGAGACACAGGGACAUCACAAAAACCACUUUUGCCAAUAAAGUGCCCAUACCAGCCAUAAGCACACACAGACACCGAUCCGAAACAAAACCCACACAAAACAAUCCUACUGUUAAUCUCGCCAUCAAAAAUGAUGUCAAGAAGAAACCUGUUGUAAAUAAGGUAAACAAAGAAAAGUGUUCACAAACUAUUGUGGUGAAUAAAUUACCCAGUAACAAAUCAAUGGAUAAUCCUACAGUCAGUCAUUUGAAGGAAGGUCAUGUUGAAUUGAAUAAAAACUUAAGUGGUAAUAUGGUGGCUGACAGUUCUUGUGUGACUAGUAAACCCAAACAAUCAAGAGUCGCAGGGAAGAGAAAAUGUGAAACUAGUAAUGAGAACAUUAAAUGUUCUAAAAUAGCAAAAGUAUGUGGGGUUUCGGAUGAAAUUAUAUCUUCGGAAGUUAUUGAUAAAUCUAAGAAUGAAUGCAAUAGUUUAGAAAACAAUCAGAAACUUGGAGAAAAAAUUGUGGAUGAUUUAGUUUCUAAAGCUAAACAAGAUGAAGUAGAACCACACACUCAUGGAAAGAAGUCUAACCACUCUGAAAGUAAUACAAGUUGCAAGAACACUACAGAAAAAGUAAGCACUGAAAACAGACUUGCAGAAAUUACAGAUAAAAGAAAAGAAAGUAUGAGUAGCACAAUGGAUGAUGUGAGGAAUAAAACUGUGAGUAAUAAGACUGCGGACUCGCUUGCUGGCUGUAUUUCUGAAAAUGCACAGGCAGAAAACAUUAAUGUCAAACAAAAUUCUGCUACGAAUUUAAACAAUAAUUUUAAUAAUGAUAAAAAGAAUGAUAAUAUCCAGAAACCCAAAAGAGAUAGCUAUACAAUUAGUCUGGUAGCAAUGACAGAAGAAAGCUGCUCAGUUACCAGUAACAGCUUGCCCAAGGAGGGGCAAAUCUUUGAAGGUGGCAAUCAGAUUUUGCCUGUCUGUACAGUUGAUGAUUCAGUUAACAGGGAGAAAAAUAGAACCGCACCGGACAACUCCCUAGAUAACCAAAACGAUAAGAAUACAGACACAAAUAACAUUGCUCAAAGUUCUUAUAAUAGUAAUGUUUUCAGUCAAGACAUUCAGAAUACACCCAAAAGUAGCAUGCACAGUGGUGCACAACAACAAUUUGGAAAUGUUUUGUUCAAUAGUAACACCAGAACUGAUAAACAACAAUAUGCUUGUGCAUCUUUACAAACGUGCAAUUCUACAAACAAAGUGAAUGGGAGCUCGAUUCAAUUACCUUCCGAUUUAGGUGUUGAUAAAAGUGAAACCUCAAUUCAAACCAGGUCUAAUUGUAAUAAUGAUGCUGCAUCAGUUGGGAAAUCUAGCAUGAAUAAUUGUACAUCACAAAAUAAGCAAAUUCAAGAUAUGAAUACGAACAAAAAUAUGUGUGAUGAAAACAAAACACCCCCCAACAAGAGUUUAAAUUUGGGGGUAAAAGAAAAUAUGGCAACACAGACAGAUGGAAAAGACAACAAAUCAACAAAAGAUAAACAACUUGUUACUGGUACUUUCUCAGAUGAAGCUUGUAAAACUUUAAAUAUCCACAACCGAGUAAAUGAUCAGUGUCAGAACGGUUCUAGUUCAAGAAAUACGUUUUCUUCAUCCGAUCAGCAACAUUCAGUUGUAAAUAUUUAUUCAAACACCAUAAAUGAAUCCCUGAAAGGCCCAAAUUUUAAUAAUAGAAGUGUAUCCUAUACAAAUAGUGGUCACAAUAAUACCAACAUCGGAAAUACUUUCUUUAGUACUCAACAGAAUUUACAGCAUCCAACUCUUGAGUUCAACCCAUUGAAAAAUACUCCAGUAAUCAACAGUGACAGAUGCCUAAAUGAGUGUUCUCAACGAAUUUCAGCAAAUAAAAUGGUUUCUGUUUCUACAAACCAAACUAAUAAUUCAUUCAAUUUCCAAAACAUAAAUUCUUCCAAUAAUGUAAAACUCGUUCCUGAUAUUAAUGCCCAAGUCAAAAACCCUCCAAACUUCUACGCAAAUAAAAUCUACCAACAUCAACCAAACCUACAACUACAUGGAACUAAAGCCUUACAAAAUACAAUCCCUACAAAUGAAAAUUUCUGCUUCAAAGCUUGUUCAAGUGUGGAUCGGAAUGCAAGUUCUAAAAUAAAAGGCUCGUCCUCAACACAGAUGCAUUUAAUUCAUACACAAAAUCAUCUCACUAACAAUCUUACCAUGAAUGUAACCAAGUCUCCUUUUCUUCCUAAUAACCAAGACACUCGUAUGAUCAACAGUUUAAACUCGAACAGCAGUCUCCAUAGAAUCAACGCCGGAAUUGACCCCAAAGCUAACCAGAACGGUAUAAAUGCAUCUGCAGAUGCUACUAAAAGUAUAAAUUAUCCAAAUCAACAGCACAGUACCAAGAGUAGUGACCCUUCUAGUAAGCCUGUUCAAGAUACGAUGAAAACCUCAGUUGCUCAAAGUUGUAAGUCGACUCAAGUUACUUCCAUGCAGAUCAACUAUGCUAAUAAUGAAAAACACAUUGAAGAAAGUAAACAACAGGCAAAACAAAACACCUCAAGUAGUGGGCCUAAGAAGCCUUCAGAUGACUUAAAGUCAAUUUGUGACAAAUCUUUAAUCCAAGAUGACAGCCAAGAACUAACAAGUUUAUUUCCAAAUGAUAGACUUCAGACUUGCUCAGAUAAUCUGUUUAGAGACGCAUGCCCAGAGCUGAGAGAUCGAAAUCUUUUUAUGCCGGUGAGUCACUCUUAUAUGGAUGAAAUGAGACUUAGUCUUCCUCACGCAGACUUUUCAAAUGAUUUGCUUUCCUCCUUACAGGUCCCAAAUACAGGCCAACACCCAGAGUCCAUAUCUCCAACAGCUGCUUUCUUGUUGGCCUUUCCCUUGGUAUCCACAUCUAAGAAUUCAGAUUUAAUAACAGAAAAUGAGGGCAGUGAUAGUCAACAUGCAACUCCUACCACGAUACUGCAAAUCGGAAACAUUGAAUCCACCAAUAAUGAUCUAUUCCAUCAAACUGCUUUGAUGAUUGAAAAUAACCAAAACAUGAUAAAGCAGAGUAAACAUUCUGAUACUAACAAGAAUAACACUUCAAAACAGCUAAAAGAUGUGGAAAACUUUAACAAGUUUCAACAGAUGGAAAUCAAUGAGCUGAUGAGAAAUGAGAAUUUUGCUAGAAAUAAUUGUAAAGAGAAAAAAAUGUUUGUUGGGCUUGGUGAGCAAGAUUUAUUCUACCCAUGUACAAAGAAAAAAUCCAAUGUCAAAACAAAUAAUUAUCCAUUACCCUCCAUUGUUGUUCCAAAUAUACAGGAGAAGACUUUUGAGUUCUCAGAAAACAUUGUCAGAAAUAAUUCUGAGGAAAACAGACAAAUGAAUCUGAACGAGAAGAAAAGUCAAACCCAAGAUAGCAGACCUCAAAAUAUAUUUAAUUCUUCAUCACAACCAUAUCCUUAUAGUUCUUUUUCAAGUGGAAAUGAAUUUAUGCUGCCUCAAACAAAUUAUCUCUCAUCUAACAAUCAACAAGGAAAUGAUAGUUCAAAAUCAACAUCUUUGGCUUCAUCCAACUUCAAUGUGAUAUCGUGGACGACUGCAUCCAUUACUUCAAACACCAGUCAAAUGGAUUACACAACUCCCUAUUGUAGCUAUCCUCAAAAGCCCUAUAGUAAUGCAGCAAAGAUACAAAAAAGUCCUCAGAAUUUUGAAGAUCAGAGAGUAAAAGAGAAACCAGUCUCGAACUUAAAUGCUUUGCCCAAAUUUUCUAACUUCCAAUUCAAUAAUAGCCAUACAAAUCAAGACUUAGUUGGCUAUCCACAUUCAAACCAAAAUGAUAACACAAGUUAUAAACCUGAACAAAAACCUAAGAAACUGAAAACCAAUUCUCAGAGAGCACCAGUUAACUGGAUGACAACGCCUGAUGUGAGACCUUUGUUGCCGGAUGCUGGUGUAGCCCCAGUUCUUCCAGAUGCCAUGUUCCAGCAUCAGAAAGAGUUGGACUUUGCCUCAGGCUCAAACAACAUGGUUAUGUUGAACAGCUCCACUAAUAUAACUCCUUUCAGCAUCUCUACUUCAACCUCCAAUAACACCCAAACAUUUUAUUCAAAUUCUCAUUUUUCUGGAGUAGACUUGCAGUUAGAUUUUGCCUCUUUUCCAGACAUAUCGAUGAGCAAACCAACAAGAAGUUCAGCCAAUAUUCCAAACAAUCAGCAAAACCCACAUCACUAUCUAUGGUCACCAAGCAAGUCAUCUAUUCCGAUGUUACCGCAUAUUGACAGUCAUAUGAUACCUUCAACUUUACCUACGUUAGUUGGAGAUUUAGCUUUGGGAACAACAACUCCAUCGGGACCAGUUGAUACCUUUAGAAACAUGAGCAUGCCCAAUACUUCCUUCAACAUUGAAACACCAACAAAGAAGUUUGAGAAAAAACUAGAAACACAAAAGCAAAUUACCAAAAAUAAUGAGAAGGACUGUUAUCCCAAUUCCGAGAGAAGAAAUAAUAGAGCUACAACUGAUUAUUGCCAAAAAACUCACACCCACCAAAGCACAAAUACUUCGACCAAUUUCCUAUCUGUUAGCCAGUUGGUGGAUCAUGUGAAAACGGAUCAAAAUCAAUCUUUGAGGAGACCAACAAAACCAUCAGGAACCAAAGGUAAUAACGCUCAGAAGCGAAACACAAGCAUUCACAUAACAGAUAAACCUAAAACAUCAAACAGCAUCAAUAGUAGUUACCAUCAUUCUAAUCCUGGAAUGAUGGGUAAUAGGAAAUUCGAUGUAGGAGUUUAUCAGGAUGUUCAAAAUUCAGGCGUUGGUUUCCCAGGAACAUUUGGAAAUCAAGGUCCCAUUCCGUCCCAGCGAUCGUCCACUCAUUACAAGGGAAGUUACAGUGCCGAGUCUCUAAUAGCAGACCAGCCUACACCUGUGCAAGGACAUGUAUCUGACAUACCCCAGUUUGUCAAUCAGUACAGUCACCCGCCUGUUGUUUCUUCUUCUAGCUAUCCUUCUACAGAUUUCUUACAUCAAAAUGUUCAACCUCUCGAAUUCAAUCAGACACAAAACUGUUUCAACUUCCCGCCAAACUCUCACUAUUCUUCAGCACCGUUCACUCCUGAAGGUGAUUACCACUUGGGCGUGGACCAUCUCUUCAAUUUGACACCCAGUUCAAACAAACACUCAACAUCCUGUCAAACAUCUACAAAGGAUAACAGAAGCUCUGUCAAGAGAAAUCAGAACAAACCAAGAAGAGAGGAGUUCACUCCCCAGUGGACUCCACAGGUUUAUUCUUCAGCUGUGAGACCGAAGGGUCCAAUACCCCCUCACUGCCCUCCUUCAACAUCCUCUCCCAGCCACCAAGGAACCACAACACUGACUAACUUCAACCUCAGCACUAUCUUUCCGGAAAUAAAUGAUAAGGUCGGGUUGACCGGACCCCCAUCAAGUAACUUUCCUUCUACACCCAACUUCCGACCUCAUUGAUCAUCAUAGGUGUUUAAAAAAAUGCCCACCUAAAAAAACAACACUCGCAUACAUAUUGGGCUCACGGAUCUGUAGUCUGUUAA